GCUCCCUGCCGCCCCAGUGUGACAGCUCGGGGACCUGCAUCUGUAAAGCCAACGUGACGGGCUGGAAGUGCGAGCGCUGCAAGGACGGCUACCACAGCCUCAGCGAAGGUGGCUGCAGACCCUGCACAUGUGACCCUGCAGGCAGCGUGGGCACCUGUGACCCCAACAUGGGGCAUUGCACCUGCAAGGAGAGGGUGGAGGGGCACUUGUGCAACAGGUGCCAGCCAGGUUCAUUUAACCUGCAGCCCCUUUUUCCCAGCUGCUUCUGCUACGGCCACUCCACCGCCUGCACAGAGGCAGAUGGCUACGAGGUGACCCAUGUUCACUCUGACUUCAGCCAAGAGAAGUUUCUGCAGAAUCAGCGUCUCAGUUAUGGGCAGCUCCUGUCCCUGCUGCUGGGAGUGGAGGUGAAUGGGACAGGGAUGGAGACUGAGGUGCCCCUGCCCCAGGUCCAGCUGGUGCUGGAGGGCGAGGGGAUGGCGAUCACCAUGUCCAGCAGUGAGAGCCAGCCCCAGCAUGGAAAGCAGGCUGUCACCUUCAGGCUGCAUGAGGCAGAGGAUGUAGAGCCUUUGCUGUCAGCCUUCAGCUUCCAGCGCCUGCUCUCCAACCUGAGUGCCCUCCGCCUCCGUGUGAGCCAUGGCUCUGUGCAAGGCAGGCUGUCCCUGAGCAAGGUCCAGCUCACGUCUGCUCGCCCUGGGCUCGGGGCACGGGCAGGCUGGGUGGAGAAGUGCACAUGUCCCCUGGGCUAUGCUGGGCAGUUCUGCCAGUCCUGUGCUCCUGGCUUCAAGCGGGAGAUCCCCUUCGGUGGCCCCUUCGUCAGCUGCGUCCCCUGCACCUGCAACCAGCACGGGGACUGCCACCCCCUCACAGGGCACUGCCAGUGCUUGCACAAUACAGAAGGUCCCUCCUGCGAGCGCUGCAGCUCUGGGUUUUACGGCAACCCCUUUGUAGGGCACUCUGAUGACUGCAAGCCAUGCCCGUGCCCCGGCCACUCACCCUGCACGGAGGUGCCCGGCAGUGGGGAGGUGGUCUGCACCCACUGCCCCCCAGGACAGAGAGGAAAACGCUGCGAGCUCUGUGAUGAUGGGUUUUUCGGGGACCCACUGGGGCAGAGGGGCCCCGUGCGUCCCUGUAUCCCCUGCCAGUGUCACGGGAAUGUGGACCUCAACGCCGUGGGCAACUGUGACCCUGUGUCCGGCCAGUGCCUGCGCUGCCUGUACAACACGACGGGCAAGCACUGCGAGAGGUGUCAGCCGGGCUUCUACGGGGACGCGCUGGCUCCCAACCCUGCCGGGAAAUGUGCACCAUGUGAUUGCAACCCCGACGGCUCAGCCCCGGGGCUGGAGGGCUGCGAUCCCAGCACGGGCCAGUGCCACUGUCUCCCGCACGUGACAGGCAGAGCCUGUGGCCUCUGCCAGCCCAGCUACUACGGCCUGCAGCCCACGGUGGGGUGCAAGAGCUGUGAGUGCCACUCGAUGGGGUCACGGGACAGCGGGUGCCACAUGCUGACAGGGCAGUGCUCCUGCCAGCCAGGCGUCACGGGGAAGCAAUGCGACCGAUGCCAACACGGCUUCUUCGGCUUCUCUGCUCGGGGCUGCCGAGCUUGCAACUGCUCCCCGCUGGGCUCCAUCACCCAGCAGUGCCACGAGAACAGCACCUGCCUCUGCCACCCCGGCUUUGUGGGCUACAAUUGCCCUGCCGAGCUCCCGCUGCCAGCAGUGUCCCACCUGCUACGGGCUGGUGAAGGACAAGGUACAGCCUGUGCCCCGACAAGCCAUGGACCCCCCAAGACCUGCAUCCUGCUGUUGGAGAUCGGGGCGGUGCUGCAGUCAGCGCAGCGGGAGAUCCUGCACGCUGCGGACACCCUGGCUACCACGGAGAUUCCCCAGGAAAUCCCUCAGCAGCCCAUGAACUGGAGCCACCAGGCGCUGGAGGCACGGGCGCUGGCUGAGAGCCACCGGGACGCUGCGGUGCAGGUGGAGGCGGUGGUCGGGAGAGCGCUGCGUGCUUCCAACGCCAGCUCCGAGCUCCUGCGGAGUCUGCUGGAGGGGAAUGCCAUGCAGGAGGCAGUGGAGGAGCAGGAGCCAUUGGCUCAGCAGGCCAUCGAGAUGUCCCGCACUCUGACAGCUGGAUUGCGCCAGGAGCUGCAGAGAACUCGUGGGUUCGAGGAGCUGCAGGACCGGGCUGGCUCUGCCCACAGCACAGCCACCUCGGCCGUCGUGCAUGGAAAAGCCGUGCUCUCUGAUGCGGAGUCCCUCCUGGCCAGCUUGGAAGGCAUGAGGAAGGCGCUGGGGCAUCGGAAGGGCCAGGCUGCCCUGAGCAGGAGGAUGACACUUGUGCGGGACAGGGUGAUGGUGGAUGCCCAGAGGAAGUUUAAACAGGCAGAGAAGACGCUGGGAAAUUCCUUGUCCAUCUCCACCACAGCCCGGAGGAUGGCUGGGGAGGCUGAGCAAGUCUCUGGGGAGAGUGCCAAGAGGGCACAGGCUGUGCUGCGGAAGAGCAAGCAGGCCCUCACACAUGCCAGCCAGCUCGCCACGCAUGCCAACAAGACCCAGAGGGAGCUCUCCCAGCAGAAGCAUGUGGCUGAGAAGCUCAGGGGGAACCUAGAGGAAGCACACCAGGUGGGGACAGAGGUGAGUGAAAUGGCAAAAAGUCUCCAGGAAGCCCGGGGCUCGCUCAUCUCGGACAUUGAGACCCUGAACAACCUGCUGAGCAGCCUAGGUAACCUGGAGCAAACUGCGGAGGUGGAAGCGGUGCUGAGUGCUGGGCAGCUGCAGCUGGAGCGGCUGUGGCAGCGUCUGGCUGCGCCGGGUGCCCUGGCUGGGCAGCUCAGCCUGCUGCAGCAGGAGGCUGCGCGGCAGCAGGAGAAGAUCCAAGCAUUCGAGAGUGACUUGGUCGAGAUCCGGGCUGACAAGCAGAACCUGGAGGACAUUUUGCGGAGCCUCCCCGAGGGCUGCUCAAAGUGGUAG